GGCUCGGCGAAGACGGGGAGUGAACGAGCAGAGCGGCUGAGCAACCAGCGGAUCUGGCCCUUUAAAUCACCAAUACAGCGCAUUCGGAGAGACGAGCCGAUGUGAGCUCAGCUGUGUGGUUUUGACUUGGUGACCGUUCUCCAGGCUCUCCGCCCAUCAGUCAGUUUUCUCCUGUGUUGGUGUAUUCUGAUGGAUCAGUAUGUCUACCACUAAUAACAUCGCCCAGGCCAGGAAGCUGGUGGAACAGCUGAGGAUCGAGGCGGGGAUCGAACGCAUCAAGGUUUCUAAAGCAGCGGCGGAGCUGAUGAGUUACUGUGAGCAGCACGCUCGUAGCGACCCUCUGCUGGUCGGGGUGCCCACCUCUGAAAACCCCUUCAAGGACAAGAAGCCCUGCAUCAUCCUAUAGCUCGUCCUGCCACGCAAACACACACACA